GACACAAACCACGACAGCUUAUUGUAGAACACUAUAUCACCACCACGUUUAAGAGAUGGGGUCUUUGAAUGCCAAUUGUCCGCUAUAUAGUUCAAACCAAAUGUCAACUAUCAAUGAGAUAUUUUUAAAGAUAUCAGUAAAUAUGGCCAAAUGUCAGUAGCAGUCAACCUUACUUAGAUUCUCUGUUUUAUAUCUUGUCAGAUGACAUUGAAAAAGAAAUCGUGUGUGGCGCGCGUGUUCGCGACCAGCUCACGCGAGAAGAGUGGAACGUCCAUGCCAAAUGCGUGGUGAAUGCCACAGGGCCGUACACGGAUGAUAUAAGGAAGAUGGAUGAUGCAUCAACACCUAACAUCUGUCAGCCAAGUGCUGGAGUACAUAUAGUAUUGCCAGAAUAUUAUAGGUAAGGAAUUGUCAUAUCAGAGCAGGCGGGUAAGUUACAAGAGCGCAGCAGAAGAGCGGGCCUUUACAAAAGUGCAAACAUCAAAACCACGAGUGGCAGGACGUAAUCUGGGGAACAAGAUUGUAGCCUAGGAUUUUGGAUGAAAUCUUUAUCCGAUUUUCAGCUUUUAUCAUAAAUUAUUAAUAAGACAAUAGACAUGAUCGUGACUGGAUGAUACUGUUAUGUUCUAAUUCUUAGCUUAAUAGCGUCCUUUGUUAUAUUGGUUUCAGAAAGUUACAGGUACUACUAGACUGUUUGCUCAUAUUUCGUUCUAUUCUUUAGUCCUCGCAAUAUGGGUUUUCUUAAUCCAGAAACUAGUGAUGGACGGAUAGUAUUUCUUUUGCCUUGGGAAGGUAUGGUUUGGUAAUCAGUUAACCCUUACUGCAUUGGCAUAACCUUAGUAUGUAUACCCUAAUUUGUGCUAGAGGUGUGCAUCGGAUUGGACGUUUAUAAUCCGACAAUUGCCUAAUGUUUAAAAUCCGAUCCGAAAUUGUCUAAUCCGAAUCCGAUCUGAGUUUUGAUAAAGAAUUCCAAUCCGAUCCGAUGAAUUCUUUAACAAAAUAAAUUUCUCAUUCAAGUUGAAAUAUUUAAUCAAAUAAAUAUAAAAGCAAGAAAUACAUGUCAAGAAGCUGACAAAGUGACGUCUAAUUGAGGUAUCAAACGAAUAAUGCAGCGACAACCGCGAUAAUGCUUUGAUAAAUGCACGGAUAAUUAAUUAUUGCAAUAAUGCCUGCAUAAUUAAUUUAUUUUAUUUCGGAUAUCGAAGUCCGAUCCGACUACGAAUCAACUUUAUCAAUCCGAUCCGAAAUGAAUAUUUUGGUUCCGAAAUCCGUUCGGAUCGGAUUGGUUUCGGAUUUGCACACCUCUAAUAUAUACUAAUGUGAACUGACUCUGUAGUUCACCGACUCUGAAGGUCGACUGAACUCUGUAGUUCAUUGGUUAGAACGCUGCGCUGGAAUCGCAGGACCGCAAGUUCGAUUCCUUUCGGAGGGCUUAAAUGUGAACAAAAUGAACUCAAAAAGGUCUAAAAUUGUAUAUAAAGUUUUACUAAAAAGUCAUCGAUAUUUUACACUGGAUACUCUAUCAGUUCAAACUGUUCUUCCAAGAGACCCAGUAGAAAAACCUAAACUAAGCUUAACUUGUCACAUGACUCUUCCAAUAGAAGUCCAGUAUAUGGCCAUCAAGUGUUACUCAUUUUUCUCAUAGACAAUUGACGCGAAAUUAUAAUCAGACAAUUGCGUAUUGCAGUUUGUGCAUAGAUGUGUAAGACACAUGGGAACAUGUAAAUACAGUAUCAUAUUCUCAAUUUCAGGCAGAACAGUUGCAGGUACCACGGACACGCCAACCAAAUUAACAUUCAGUCCCAAACCCACGAAAUCAGAAGUUCAGUUUAUUUUGGAUGAAAUUAAAGAUUAUCUAAGUGAAGAUAUAACAGGUAAAAUAUAUGGAUUGUUCGAUUUGUACAACUUGUUAAAGCAUUCAAUUUCAGGAUUUGCGGCAUCUCACGGAUUUGUAGAUGGCAAUUUCGACUGUAAAUUUUAUGCCAUCUACAAGUUCCUUCGAUAUUUUAGUUCAAGCUUAUUUCUAACUGGACGUGCACCUAUUUCUUAUCCGUAGUUCGAAACGAAGACGUCUUAGCAGCUUGGAGCGGCAUACGUCCACUGGUUAAAGACCCGAAGUCGAAGAAGACCGAAGCACUCGCGAGGAAUCAUGUUAUCGACGUGAGCGAUGGAAAUUUAGUGACGAUAGCUGGUGGAAAAUGGACAACAUAUAGGUCUAUGGCUUCGGAUACAGUCGACGAAGCUGUGAAAAGUUGUCGGCUACAACCAGAGUUUACGAACUGUCAGACUGAUGGUUUGAUUUUAGAAGGGGGAGAAGGGUACACUCCUAAUCUUUAUAUCAAACUGGUUCAAGACUACGGCAUUGAUAUAGAGGUUGCAAGACAUCUUACUCAUUGUUACGGCAUUAAAGCAGUCCAGGUUUGCAAAGAGGUCAGUGGACCUGGAAAAAGGUUGGCUAAAGAGUUUCCAUACAUUGAGGCGGAUGUUAAGUUCGCUUUACAGGAAUAUGCGUGUACUGUUGUGGAUGUCCUCGCGAGACGUACACGACUCGCGUUUCUAAACGUGGAGGUCGCGCGCGACGUUGUUCCACGCGUGGUUGAGAUCAUGGCAAAGGAAUUGGGAUGGAGCAGUGCGAAAAAACAGGUAUAAAACACGAUUGAGAUGUGUAGUAAUAUUAUUUAUAUAAUAACUACAGUGAAACACGCAAUUUGAUUGGUCAAUAGCCGUGCAGGAUCAGGCUAUCCUGCACGAGGAAUUAAAAUGCCUUCGCGAGAUUUUCGCGGGAUUCUCAAAAUGUCAUUCUUUCACUGUAGUUAUUUUAUAAAACAAUUACCAAAUGGUUUUCCAAGCAGGAUAGCGUGAUCCAUGCACUUGGGAUGUUGCUCGACUUUCGGAAAGCGUAAAAAUACACUCGCCUACGGCUCGAGUAUUUUUACGCUUUCCGAAAGUCUCGCGACAUCCCUCGUGCAUGGAUCACACAAUCCUGCACGGAAAACCAUUCCGUAUUCCUUUAACUCUUGAGUUACACCUAUUGCGAUAAUUCACGAUUUUUAGUUGUACUGACUGGUGCUUUAAUGGUUUUGCCCGUACUUGAGACUGAAGGUUUACUUUGUGUUUAAUUAAAGUGAAGUACAUAAAGCAUAGGUUUCUGAAAAGUAUUCAUUCAGUAUUAAACUUGAAACAAGGAGCAUAACAUAAGGAGGAUACGUGAUUAUAGUCGACUCCAAUAUUCACUAGUGAGUCUAGUGCCAUCAGUCCAAUUAUGUUUCAUGCAGAGACAUGUCAGACUUACACAUAUACGGACUUAGUUACGGGUUUUGAAUACCUUGGACUUGGAAAGGCCAUUUGUAAGCAAAAUGUAAGUACGCAGAUAGCAAGAGUUCCGCGUACCUACGUGGUACUUGGUUGAAAACAAAGAAGUAUCAGACCGUAAUAUUGGCGUACCUCCGGUAUACGUAAGUACGCGGAUUCAUUGCACGCAAGCCGAGAUUCGCAAGAAUAUGUACAUUGCGCAAAGGAAUAUGUACAUUGCGCAAAGGAAUAUGUACAUUGCGCAAAGGAAUAUGUACAUUGCGCAAAGGAAUAGGAACGAAUGAACUCUGGAGAAACGAAGUAGUGUCAAAAGCAACCUCGUUCCAGGGGUUGUGUCAAGAGUAGUGUGCUGCCUCGCCUGUAAUUUAUAUAUAAUAGUGGUUUGAUCAUGAAAUCUAAUGAAACAAACGAAAUCCAUGUGACCAUGCUCUUAACAUCUUGAUCUAGACAGACCUGUAAAAGUAUUUUAUAAUUCUCAUUUUUAGGAAGAGACGAAGGAAGCGAUGGAGUACUUAGAGCAAAUGGGGCUGAACUUAAACCACGAACAACGAACAUCUUAAACCUCACUACUGCAUCAAAACUUUAAAGAAAGCAAGCAAGGGAAGCCAAUGGAUACCAUAGAAUGUUGAACAACGGAUUGUGGAGUAGACAGCAUUGUAUUUGUGUGUGCAAUGGUAUAUAAUUAUAAGCAGUUUAGGAGAUAUGAUAGGGCACGCAUUCUCUAUCGCAAUUAGAAAUGGGCGACUGUAAAGUUAAUGAAUUCAAAUAUUUUAUACGAAUUAAUGUG